AUGCAUCAACCUCCUGCGAUUGCGGAUGGCGGAGGUAUUUUACAGACACUUUGCGAGAAAUUGCAAGAUGAGCUAAAUCAACGCGAUCAAGCGAUAAAGCAUCUCAAGGACUUGCUGGAAGCUGUGCAGAGAAAGAGCAAGAAAAUUGAUUUUCUCAUCUUUUAUACAGCAAUAGAAGCUGACGAUUUGAGGGCAUCAGAGGUGGUUUUGAACGACAGUGCUGAGGUCCAGAUGGAAUAA